AUGCUUAUAAAUAUAACUGAACAAACACCAUGUUGGUCUCAGUUCACAGAAGAACCGACUUUAGAGGCUUUCGAUGGCACAGUGGCGCCACAGCGUGGCUCGGCCGAACUAGGAACUAACAGCGCCCCACCGCAGCGCGCGCCUCCGCCACGCAGUCUUCCCGCGCGGGCCGCACACAGAAAAAAACGGCCCGAAAGCCUUGACACGUCUCUAUCCAACACCCGCGACACAAAAGGAAGUGUCUACGCUAUGAAUGAUCAGACUUUUCACACGCCAUCUUUCGGAGACGAAGAGUUUGACAUUCCUCUGAUCCACGGCCAGCAUGCUGCCAGUGGACAGAACACACAUAUGCAAUAUUCACAACUACAUCAUUCUGCUCCUCAGGUUGGCAUGAUGAAUCCAGCUCAAGACGGUCUAGCUCCUCCAGGAGGCGCACCUUCAUAUCAACAGCCUUUAUACUUACAAGAACCCCAUACACCAGUCACAUCUCACAGCAGUGCAACCGCACCAGCUGGCAAUUAUAUGAUCCAGCAGCAACCUGGAGGCCAGCAAUUAUUAAUGCUGCAACCGAGCCAAGUAAUGAGUGGCCCACCCACUCCUAGCACCCCGACACAGGCUGCCCCUGUCUAUGGAUCGCCACAGAGAGCAUCUCCGCCUGGAACAACCAGCGAUGAUUCUGAUGAUAGUGUGCCUUCUCAACAUUCCCAGUUGCCUGGUGAUGCGGAAAGCCUUCUGCCUAUCCAUUAUUGCUCAGCGAGCCGGCAGCAACAAACUACGCUUCAUCAGAUUGGUGUAAGUAAUAUGGGUGUAAAGAGGUCGUCACCAGAGCCGAUGGAUAAUGGAAUGAGUAGGGGGCAGAUGCAAAAGAAGCCUAAGGUUCAGAAGAAAAAGAAAAAAAGAGAUCCUAAUGAACCCCAGAAACCUGUAUCUGCCUAUGCUCUAUUUUUUCGAGACACUCAAGCUGCCAUUAAAGGUCAAAACCCUAAUGCCAGUUUUGGAGAGGUGUCAAAAAUUGUUGCAUCUAUGUGGGAUGGCCUUGAUUCGGAACACAAAAGCGUAUAUAAACAAAAAACAGAAGUGGCAAAGAAAGAAUAUUUAAAAGCAUUAGCAGCAUAUCGGGCUAGUUUGGUGUCCAAGGGCGGAGAGCAAGAAAAUCAAGUCAUGUAUAAUCACAACAACACAAAUGCAAAUUAUGGGAAUUAUUAUCAAGGUCAAGCCUAUGGCAACGGUCAUCCACCACAGGGCUAUGCACCAAACUCGACACCACAAGGCUACACACCACAGAACUUUCCCGGAGGACAGCCCCAACCUCCAUAUGGUGGUAAUGGACCCCAAGGAUACCCAACAAAUCCUCAAGCACCAUCACAAAAUUAUCAAGGAAACAUGGGACAUAAUCCCCAAACAUAUCAAAAUGUACCAGGACAACCACCUCAAGGUUACCAAGUGAAUACAACAUCUUCGUCUCAAGUAUGUCAACCUAACAUUGCUCAAUCACCAAGAAACUAUCAGCCGGCUCAGUCUCCUAACUAUGGAGCCAAUAACGCCCUGUCACCGCCAGGCUACAGACAAGUUCAACCACAAUCGCCACCUGUGCAACAAGUCCAUCCUGCUAUGCAGUAUCAUCACUCCCAACAAAUGCAGCAAGUACAUCAAGUCCAAUACCAACAGCAACAACAAAUACAUCAGCAAAGUCAGCAACAAGCUAUGCAACAUCAGCAGCAGCAGCAACAACACCAGCAGCAACAUCAGCAGCAGCAACAGCAUCAGCAGCAACAGCACCAGCAGCAGCAACAACAUCAACAACAAACACCACAACAAAUACCACCUCCACCAUUGCCACCACAAGCACCAAUUAUAAAAAAUGAACAGCAGUCGCCUAACAACAAUGGAACAGGUGUACCUCAUCAGUCCCCUGAGCAAACUGAAAAUAGAAGUACUCCAUCAUGUAUACGCCAAGGCUGUACCAAUCCUGCCAUCCCGAAUAGCGAGUGGGAAGAUGAAUAUUGUUCUAAUGAAUGUGUUGUUAGUCACUGCAGGGAUGUCUUCAGCUCAUGGGUAGCAUCAAAUACCAACAAUCAGAUUCAAAAUUUUUCAGCUGUGAAGUAA